AUGUCAACAUUCGCAAAGAAGAAUCUUGCCCGAAGUCGUGCCAGCGCAACUACCCUUGGUUGUCUGUGUCUCCUCGUGGUCUGCAGCUUGGCGGCUGCCACCACUCCCGAGUUUGAGACACAACAGAUGAUCAACGGUAAUAACGCGUUGCACGCUUCCGCAUCCUCUGACGACGCAAACACCUUGGCGGGUGUAAGCGGUAGAGCAAGCACUGGUAGCAAAAAAACUGCCGAGGAAGGACAGAGUCUAUGGAGCCAACAACCCCCAAAAGUGGCCCUUUUGGAAACCCGCUCCGAGACGUCUGAGUCUUCUCAAGCUUUUGCUGCGCCUGCGCCUGCAUCUACUGCUGCCAGCGUCAGUGACAAGAUCAACAAUAGCAACAACAACAACUCCCACAACAAUGUUAUCGCCGAUACUGAUAACAACAACAA